AUCUCAUUUCCCCAGCUACUAUGAAGAUUAUCUCCAGAAACAUACCCAGCUAUGGCGACCCGCACUGAGUCUCCGUCUCCCAUAGACGAGGACGUCCUCAGCUACAAUGCCACACCGCUGGGAUCAACUGCCGUCCACUCAGUCGCCUCAAAGGAGAGUAUUCGUGGAGGAACAUGGGGCGAAGAUGGCGACCAGGAGGCUGUGUCCCGCCAUGGAGCCAUUGAAGAGUUGAGUGAGAUGAGGAAGGAAUUAUCAAAGCUGGGGUCUCACAAGAGAACCCAAUCGGCCGCAGGAAAGAGGAAGAAGCUGGCCGACGACGAGGCUGAUAUUGCUGGCGAGCCUGACGAUUCAGAAGACUUCCAGCUCGACCGUUUUCUCUUGGGUGGCCAGCUCGAGCGCCGCACGACUGCUGGAGGUGCCGGUAAGAAGAUCGGAGUCGUUUUCAAAAACAUGACCGUGGUGGGAGUCAACUCCUCUGUUACCUUUGUAAAGACCUUGCCCGAUGCGGUGUUGGGUUCGUUGGGCCCAGACCUGUACCGCCACGCAUCCAAUCUCAUUCCUGCUCUCAAAUUCAGGAAGGCGCCGCCGACGAGGAACUUAAUACAUGAUUUUACCGGCGCUGUUCGCGAUGGCGAGAUGAUGCUCGUCCUCGGACGGCCUGGCUCUGGAUGCUCUACGUUCUUGAAGACCAUCGCCAAUGAACGUUCCAGCUUUGUGGCAGUCAACGGCAAUGUCACGUACGGAGGCAUUCCCGCUGACGUACAGCACAAACUUUACCGUGGAGAAGUCAACUACAACCCGGAGGAUGACCAGCAUUUCCCAUCGCUCAAUGUCUGGCAGACGCUGAAAUUCGCUCUGAUGAACAAGACCAAGAAACAGGACCAGGAUAGUAUUCCCAUUGUUGCUAAUGCCCUCAUGAAGAUGUUUGGCAUCAGCCACACCAAGAAAACCCUUGUCGGUGAUGCCUUUUCUCGUGGAGUUUCUGGUGGAGAGAGGAAGCGUGUCGGUAUUGCAGAGACUCUGGCAACGAAAUCUACAGUUGUCUGUUGGGACAAUUCGACAAGAGGUCUCGACGCCAGCACUGCCCUCGAUUAUGCAAAGUCCUUGCGGGUGAUGACUGAUGUCAGCAACCGAACCACAUUCGUCACGCUCUACCAGGCUGGCGAGGGGAUCUACGAUCUCAUGGACAAGGUUCUGGUUAUCGAGGAGGGUCGCAUGUUGUAUCAAGGCCCUGCUACCGAGGCCAAGGAGUAUUUCGAAAGCUUGGGCUUUCUGUGCACAGCUGGAGAGACAACAUCUGAUUUUCUCACUUCUCUUUGCGACCCCAACGCGAGGCGCUUCCAGCCCGGCCGUGAGGCCUCCAUGCCAAAGACUGCAGAGGAACUCGAGACUGUGUUUAGAGCUAGCGAGAGCUACAAGCGUCUCCUGCAAGAUGUCAGUGGAUACGAAGCCAGGAUACAGGAGACCGACAACGCCGACACCCGUCGCUUUGAGCAAACUGUCAAUCAAUCUAAAAGCAAGCAUGUCUCGAAGGAGUCGAGCUACACCGUAUCAUUCUACCGCCAAGUCAUCGCGUGCACCAAGCGCGAGUUCUGGCUCACCCUCGGCGACAAGACGUCGCUGUAUACUAAAUUCUUCGUCAUCAUUGCCAAUGCCCUCAUCGUCGGGUCGCUUUUCUAUGGGCAGGCUCUCGAUACCAGCGGUGCUUUCUCUCGCAGCGGCGUGCUGUUCUUCUCUAUUGUGUUCCCGGGCUGGCUUCAACUCACUGAGCUGAUGAAGGCCGUCUCUGGAAGAGAAGUCAUUGCCCGUCACAAGGACUACGCCUUUUAUCGGCCCUCGGCAGUGUCGAUUGCUCGCGCUGUGGUUGACAUUCCCCUCAUUCUCAGCCAGGUUGUUGUAUUCGCCAUCAUAACCUUCUUUUUGAGCAGCAUGGACAUGACUGCGGCGAAAUUCUUCAUAUAUACUCUCUUCGUCUAUGUUACAACUCUGUGCCUUACUGCGAUGUAUCGUAUGUUCGCUGCCGUUUCACCGAGCAUUGAUGACGCUGUUCGCUUCGCAGGAGUUGCUCUCAACUUAUUGGUUAUAUACGUCGGAUAUGUCAUCCCAAAGCCCCUUCUCGUCAACAAAUACAUUUGGUUCGGAUGGAUUUACUACGUCAAUCCUAUAUCAUAUGCCUAUGAGGCCGUCAUUACAAACGAAUUUUCCGGACGAGACAUGGUUUGCAGCGACUCGCAGCUGGUUCCUCAGGGGCCAGGUGCAUCACGCGAGUUUCAAGGUUGUACGCUACCCGGCUCUGAGAUUGGCAGCACCACGGUUUCUGGGUCUAGUUACCUCACCGCAUCUUUUGGUUACUCGAGAGAGCAUUUAUGGCGCAAUUUCGGUGUCGUGAUCGCCUUCUUUCUUUUUUACACGCUUAUUACAGCCAUCGCUGCUGAGAAGAUAUCAUUCACCGGUGGAGGUGGUGGCACGUUGUCCUUCAAGAAGACGCGCAAGGCUAAGCAGCUUGUUGUAUCAGAGAAGGCAACUGUCGACGACGUGGAAGGCGGCAGCCAGCCUAACGCAGUGGUUGAGUCGACCACUAUCAAUGAAGGCGAGAAAUCUGCCGAGAGGUGGAGCAACAGCGACCGUGUGUUUACUUGGUCCAAUGUGGAGUAUACCGUUCCUUAUGACGGCGGCGAGAAGAAGCUCUUGAACGGCAUCAGCGGGUAUGUCAAGCCAGGUGUGAUGGUGGCGUUGAUGGGUGCCUCGGGUGCCGGAAAGACUACCCUUCUCAAUACCCUUGCCCAAAGGCAAACCGUCGGGGUCAUUAGUGGGGAUAUGUUGGUCGAUGGCCGGGCCUUGGGACCUGAUUUUCAGCGUUCUACAGGGUUUUGUGAACAGAUGGAUCUGCACGAUGGGACAGCGACUAUCCGGGAAUCACUCGAGUUUUCGGCUAUUCUUCGCCAGGAUCGCAGUGUGCCCCAGGAAGAGAAGAUAGCCUAUGUUGACCAGAUCAUCACCUUGCUAGAGCUUGAGGAUAUCCAGGACGCAAUUGUAUCCUCUCUGGGCGUCGAACAGCGGAAGAGACUGACCAUCGGUGUCGAGCUAGCCGCCAAGCCGAGUCUGCUGCUGUUCCUCGAUGAGCCUACGAGUGGGUUGGACAGCCAGUCGGCAUACUCAAUUAUCCGAUUCCUGAAGAAGCUUUCUCUUGCAGGUCAGGCAAUCGUCUGCACCAUCCAUCAGCCAUCCUCCAUGCUCAUCAACCAAUUCGACAUGAUUCUCGCUCUGAACCCGGGUGGAAACACGUUCUACUUCGGUCCUGUCGGCGAGGGUGGGUCUGCAGUUGUCAAGUACUUCGCCGAAAGGGGAUUUGUCUGCCCACCUUCGAAGAAUGUGGCAGAGUUUAUCCUGGAAACCGCAGCCAAGCGAGGCUACAGAGAUGGAAAGGUCGUCAACUGGAAUGAAGAGUGGAGAAGUUCGAGUAAUAACAGAGAGCUCGCCCUAGAGAUCGAGCGCAUUAAUAGGGAGCGAAGCCAACUUCCUGCCCCAGAAUUGGGCACUCAAUACGAAUUUGCAGCGCCCGUUAUGUUGCAGACAACUAUGCUCACAAAACGCCUCUUUACUCAAUACUGGCGCGAUCCCUCCUAUAUCUACUCAAAGAUCUUUGUCAGCUUCGUUGCUGGUAUUUUCAAUGGAUUUACAUUCUGGCAGCUUGGCAACACUGUUGGUGACAUGCAGAACCGCAUGUUCUCAGUCUUCCUUAUUGUUCUCCUCCCACCAAUCAUGAUGAACAGCAUCAUCCCAAAGUUUUAUACCAACCGUAGCCUUUGGGAAUCUCGCGAACUUCCCAGCCGAAUCUAUGGCUGGAUCGCCUUCAGCACAUCCAGUAUCCUCGGCGAGAUUCCAGCUGCCAUUUUCACGAGUUCCAUCUACUGGCUUUGCUGGUACUACCCUACUGGUCUUCCAACUGACUCCAGCUCCGCUGGCUACAUGUAUCUCAUGUCGAUGCUAUUCUACCUCUUCCAAAUGAGCUGGGGUCAAUGGGUUACGGCAUUCGCGCCAUCCUUCACGGUCAUCUCCAACGUCCUUCCAUUCUUCCUCGUCAUGGUGUUUUUCUUCAACGGUGUCUUCAUUCCAUACGCCUCCUUCCCCGUCUUCUGGCGCUACUGGAUGUACUACGUUAAUCCCGUCACCUACUGGAUCCGCGGCUCCCUCGCUGGCACUGUCAGUUCCACCCCGGUAAUCUGCAGUCCGCUCGAACUCAGCCACUUCAACCCGCCACCGAACCAGACCUGCCUCGACUACGCGGGCGACUUCGUCUCGAAGAUCGCCAAGUCGGGAUACCUCGGCAACCCAGAUGCCACGUCUGACUGCACGUACUGCGCGUUUUCGUCCGGAGAGGAGUAUCUUCGCACACUUAAUGUUCAGUCUGAUGAUAAGUGGAAGUGCAUGGGCAUUUUCCUUGCCUUCUGCAUCAUCAACUGGGCGCUGGUUUACUUCUUCAUCUAUACCACUCGUAUUCGCGGGUGGAGCUUUGGAUUGGGCUUGUGAUCGCUUCGAUCUCAAGUGCCAUUGGUGCCGCUAAGAGCGGUAUUAUUUCUCUUUUUAAAGGUGGAAAGAAGUCUGAGAAGGCUUAACAACGGGCUUUAUCUGCCCAUAUUUUUUUUUUACAAUUUGUUGUGGAUUUUAUGCAUUGCUUGCGGAUAGAUCUUUCUUUUUGGCGUUUGGGGAGAUUUUUUAAAACGCGGAUACCGAUAUAGAACGGGAAGAAAGCUGGCGUUUUAUUUAAUAAUAAUGGAUAUUUAUAAGAAAAAACUUCGAGGAUAAUCAUUUAAUGACUUUGCAAUAGUAGAUUCUCCGGCCUAUACGGAACUCUGGGGC